AUGUAUCAACAGAACGGAACAGGAUUCUAUGAAGAUGUGAAAUAUGACAACGAGUAUUCUUUAACUAGUGAAGAGGAUAAACCACCAAGUUUGGUGCCUCCGGAACCGAUAAACCAAUUUCGAAACCAAUAUCCUACUCUUGGAACACGAUAUUCGAGACCGGUUAAUGGAAGAAGAUUUGAUCCAUAUGAUCGAGAUAUGAACUAUUCGUCUGUUGAACGAUAUAAUGAAGAAGUUUCAAUACGAUUUUUGUUCGGAAACGGAAGACCUCUCAGUACAAUAGAUGAUCCACACUUCAAAAAAUUCCUUCACUAUCUGAAUCCUACGAGAGCUGCACCAGAAGCAGGAAAUAUGACUACAAAGGCCAUGUCACAAAUUAGACCGGAUAUCAAUUACCACAGACUUUGUGGACCAUUGGCCGUAACAAUAGAAGCAAUCCGUAAAAGUGAUGAGAUCUAUCUGACGAUUUCCGCACAUUGCUAUACGGAAUAUGGUGAACGUCAAAACACAAUUCACUUUGAGAAAAUAAUAAUUGCUGAUUACGAAGGAAAAGUGGUGGCAGAUCGAAUUCGUAAAGUAGUAGAUGCAAGAAAGUCGAUGAAUUUCGGAGUUUCUUAUAUAUUAUCCCCAAAUGUUCGAAUGUUGGCAAUGGUUGCUGCCAAUAUGCCUUUUAAAAAUAAAUUCGUAUGUUUCUUCUCCUACAUAACAAAUAUUGCACGAGAAGUUAUUGCCUUCCCUGAAUUCGAGAAUGGUCUGAAGCUACUACGAGAAUACGUGGAAGCUCUCAACAAGCAUCGUGAAGUUUUCACAAAAUACAAAAAAAUGCAGUUAGAUUCGAAUAACACAAUCGAUAUUCCCGUAAUGGAUUCAGAGUCUGAUUGGUUAUCAACUCUUCAUUUCCUUUCCAUAUGCAGUCAAAACCACGAAUCAUUCUCAAAUCUUCACGAGAAUUGGUGUAUGCCGAAGUAUUUAGACGAGAAGGAAGAAAACGCAAUGUCAAAUCUCUACGAUUUUUUGGUAGUUCUCUGCCACAUUACAACACAAAUCUGCUCUGAAGACAGCUGUAUUUCUCAAGUACUCUAUUCGAUGUCAAUUAUUAAUAAUGCAAUCAAGAACUGCGGAAUUCAAUCAGCUCGCGUUAGAAUGAGAAAAACAUUUGUUAAAUUUUACAACCAAAUUUCGAAAGGAAAAAUUGGUGAUUUUUAUACGAUAUCAACACUGUUGGAUCCCCGAUAUGGAUAUUCGAGUAUGAUCUUCAGCGAUGAGAAUUGGACUGUCAUUGAACAAAAAUUAGUUACAACCGUCGGAGUAACACCAUCCACACGUUUCGAAAUUAAUAAGGAACUCAAGAAAUACAAAAAACUACACGAAAAUCUACCCAAUUUUGAUGAAGUGACGACGCAGAUAACGUGGUGGAAUGAGAAUCAAGAACAGCUUCCAUUAAUGUAUCGACAAUGGGUUGAACAUUCAGCAUUACCUGCUGUAUCUAUCGAUGCAAAACAAUACUUUGCAAAAGGAGGAAAACUUGCUCAUUUAUUUGCAGCACUCGAUGAGGAAAUGCAUUUUAAAGCACUGCUUUUAGCACAAAGCUCACAAGACUUCAUAGGUCGAGGAAAUGCUAGUCAUGCGGUGUAUAAUAAUCUCAAAGAUGGAAACAAAUUCAAACGUUUUGAAGACAAGAAUGAGGAUAAUAUGGAAGAAUCGACAGUAGCAGAAACGGAAGUCAAGCAAGAAAUCACAAAUGAGUCAUUCGGAAUGGUAGAAACACAGAAUGUAAAAGUAGAAGAACUCGAGGAUACAAAUCCGUGA